UUUUUCUCCUCCUCCCACCAUCAAGGGGACAGCCUUUCGCUCCUUUUUACCUGUCCGCUCAUUUUCCAGACGAUCCACAUCUCUGCAACACCCAUCAUUCGUUUUUACAACCUUUUCAGAAUCUAAAAAAAAAUGAUCUCCCUCUCUCUGUUCCUCUCCGCUCUCGCUUUCUCUCCUCUCGUUCGCACACAGGCGACACCUACCGAACCAGGACCAGGAACAGUCUUUAGACAGGGACAAACGUGUCGUACGGUGUGGACUGGGGAUAAAGAUGGGAAAUGGGGUAACAUGGCGGUUGAGCUCAUGACGGGUAGUGAUCUACAGAUGGUCCACCUUACUACCGUUGGAGAAGGUCUCGACGGAAACAAGGACGGGAAGCUUGAGUUCGACUGUCCCGAGGUCAACCCGUACUCCGCCAUUUACUUCCUCCAAUUCUCCGCACCCGAGGGAUCCGGCUUCCAAUGGGCAACACGCUUCACCAUUGCUGACAAGGACGGUAAUUCUGUACCUCCACCGGAAGAUACUCAGCCCAACGGCAAGAAGAUCGGAUGGGGUAAUGGAAAACUUGUGGACGAGAAGUCAGCGAAGCCUCCCCCUUCUUUCCAAACCCAAGCCAAUGGAGGCACGUCGGCGAAUUCCACUACGACCAGCGGCACCACCACCCCUAGUAGUAACACUAUCGUUAACACGUCGGGUUUCACGGCGAGAGUUACUACAGUUACUACAAGCUCCACCGGCACUGGCGCGAAGGCUGGUCCGACUGGUGGGAGUACUAGUGGGAGUGGUUCGAACAAUGACCCGAGCAACAACGGCAACACGGCGAAUACGGGUAACAACAAUUCGACCGGUUCGAAUAACCAGAAUGGCGCCGUUUCGGUUGCGCUUUCCAACGUUCCUUGGCAAGCUACUCUCGCAGUCGUUACUUUCUCUGGCGCUGCUGCCUUGUUCCUCUGAGUGACACCAGUCCUUACCCGGUCCCCUCCCUCAGCGUACUUAUUUAUCGCCCCCUUGGUGUUUCUUUUUUGUUUUUUGUUUUCAACCCAGUUUUUUUUUUCGCAAUUGUUGUUCGUGUAUUUCGUUAUUCAGUUGUCCAGAGGGUCUCGCUGGCGGUAACAAACGUACAUGUCGUUGUAAUUAUUUGUUUGCUUUUUUCUCUUCGUUUUAUAUGUUCUUACUGGGUCAAGUUUUUUUUUGCUCGAAGGCGAUAUACAGUAAACUCGUUAUCUACCUGUAUUAUCUUGUCUUUUAUUACCAGAUAUCCCCACCCCACCUCGUAAUUUAUAGAAAUGUCAAGGUUUCACUACCAGG